AUGGCUGGAUCAUUGUCUGGUAACCCCAGAGGCGAACAAGCAGUCGAACUCUCCUCUGCAUUCACGGCCGUCGCCUUCACCAUCGUUUGUCUUCGGCUGUACACACGAAUCUACAUUAUACGAUGUGCUGGUAUUGAGGAUUUUGGCAUCGCCGUGGCAAUGUUUUGCUCCAUAGGCCUGACAAUCUGCAUUGGCAUCCAAGCCCAAUAUGGUAUGGGUUGGCACAUCACCGAUGUAUCGCACGAUGCCAUGACCAAGUUCCUCAAGGCAAGGAUCCCUACAUCUGCCUUCACGCCGUCGAAGUUCCUCAUCGCAAACUAUCUCACCAUGGGAGUCGUAGUUGGAUACACCUUCUGGACCGUCUUUUCGAGCAUAUUCGAAUGCGUACCAAUCCGAGCGUUUUGGACCAGGGAGCCGGCCAAAUGCCUCAACCAGUUCGCAGUGUGGUUCACCAACGCAGGCAUCAACAUCCUCACCGACUUUGCAAUCAUCAUCCUACCUAUUCCAGUCAUACGCAGCCUCAACCUAGGCCGAAAACAAAAGAUUGGCCUCAUUGCCAUCUUUGCAGUUGGCGGACUUGUGUGCAUCGUAUCAAUCCUGCGACUACAUUCACUCGUCGCAAUCUCGAACUCGCCGGACCCAACCUACGACAACCCAGCUGCAGCAACUUGGAGUUCCGUCGAAGCUAAUGUCGGAAUCAUAUGCGCUUGCCUACCGAUACUACGGCCACUGGUUACACAAUGGUUCCCUAGAGCAUUUACAUCGCGACACCCGAGCCAGUUCUCCCGACCACCAAAUGCCACGUACGGGAGCAGGCGGAGCAGCAAGUUGCCGCGCACCAAAGAAAGCUUCGCCAUGAACACAUCCCGAACAACCCGAACAGCGGCGUCAGAUGAAGCAAGAGAUAUACAAGUCGUCACCGACAUACAUGUGCAGGUUGAAGGUGAAAGCGACGCCGCAAGCGACUGGAAGCCAAGCACUUCUCCAAAGAACUGGUCAGAAACGACGUCAGUCAAGAACCUAGAGCGACUGAACAGCACAGAGCAGCUAGUAGAGGUCCCCGACCUGCCACAACGGAAAUGA